CAGCAGCAGCAACAGCAGCAGCACAGGCCUGGAACAGCUCAGCAAAACCAACCUGUACAUUCGCGGCCUGCCUCCUGCUACUACAGACCUGGAUCUGGUUAAACUCUGCCACCAAUAUGGAAAGAUUCAGUCUGCAAAGGCGAUCCUGGAUAAGACGACCAACAAGUGUAAAGGUUACGGCUUUGUGGACUUCGACAGCCCAGCUGCUGCUUUAAAGGCCGUGCACGCUCUCAAAACCAGCGGCAUUCAGGCUCAGAUGGCCAAGCAACAGGAGCAGGAUCCCACAAAUCUUUACAUUUCCAAUUUGCCGCUGUCUGUGGAUGAAAAGGAGCUGGAGAAAAUGCUGCAGCCCUUCGGUCAGGUCGUCUCCACUCGAAUCCUCAGAGACUACAGCGGGAACAGCAGAGGCGUGGGCUUUGCCAGAAUGGACACAACGGAACAGUGUAACUCAGUCAUCUCCCACUUCAACGGGAAGUUUCUCAAGUUAGCCUCUGGAAGUCUGGCCCCGUCUCAGCCCCUGCUGUGCAAGUUUGCUGACAGUCAAAGAAAGAAGCAUGCUCACGGAGGAAUUACUCCCAAUGCACAGACGGGGGACCUCAGAUUAUACAUUGCUGCCAGCCCUGGUGUUCAAGGAGCUUACAUGCCUCACUAUCCUCCCAUGCAGGCAGCACCUGAAAACGGCACGCCACAGCAAGUGGAUUCUUCCAACAACUCGUCUCCUUAUAGUCAACUCAGCAAGUAACACAGAGGCCACAUUUCUGCUCUGUGUAUCCUGACGGCUGGAGGGGAGGCCGCCGAUGACAUCACAGGGAACACAGCC